AUUAACUACUAUGUCAUUGGAAGACACGGUGUUCAAGAGGAAGGAUGGGCCGUUAUGUACUACAUUGCUCAUAUGACGCGUGGUUUCUUGCUAAUUGUGACAAUCCUCAUGAUUGGUGCUGGUUGGACCUUCAUCAAACACGUCUUCACGCGCCAGGAGAAACAGGUCUUCGCCGUUGUCAUUCCCCUUCAAGUCUUCGCGAACAUUGCAACGAUAGUGAUAAACGAGACGGAACAAGGCGCAACUCGCUUUACCCUCUGGAAUGAAAUCUUCACCGUUGUAGAUCUGCUCUGUUGUGCAGGUGUUCUCUUCCCGGUCAUAUGGUCCAUCCGCCAUCUCCGCCAGGCUGCCCAAUCCGACGGCAAAGUGGCUCAAAAUCUACGCAAACUCCGUCUCUUCCGCCACUUCUACAUUCUGGUCAUUUGCUAUAUCUACUUCACUAGGAUAAUUAUCUACCUCCUCCGAAUGACCACACCUUUCGCUUGGUCCUGGCUUGUGGAGCUCUUUGAGCAGUCGGUCACUCUUGUGUUCUUUGUGUCUGUGGGGUGCAAAUUCAGACCCUUCAACGACAACCCUUACCUACAGCUCCCCACUUCGGAUGAUACAGAGGAUGUUGUGAUGCAGAGGUUUGAUGUGGAAGAAGCGUAA